AUGGAGUUUCUGGCGAAAGAGAUGGUUGGAAAUCGAGCGACGUCGCGAGAGACGUUGGAAGAGCUCGCGCUGGCGGCACUGAUUCCAGCGCCAAGCGGGACGGAGGCCGUGGCGACCUUGGAGGAGCGACUCGAUGGAUUGAACGAGGCGUUGGUAGCGCUGAGGAUUCGUGAGAAGACUCGCAAUGAGAUCGUCGUCGGCGCUCUGGACGCGUGCGGCGGCGCCAUUCGUGGUUUCGAGGGCGUAGUCGAUGAGCUUGAGACACGGUUAUCGGCAGGCGCCGAUGCGGACGAAGAUGCUCUGAAUUACGUUUUGUCUCGAUCAGCGGCGCAGCUGAGAUAUCUUAGAUCGCAACAAACGACGACGGCGAAAAUCGCAUUGCGAGUCUCUGUGAGUGAAGUGAUCACGGUGUCGUCGAGUGAAUCGCACAGGAGCGUCGCGACAAAUGAGGCGCCCAAGCCGCGUUCAGAAGCGCUGCGGCAGUCGCGAGGAUUCUUUACGUGUUGCACGUCAUCGAGCGUUGACGUCGGAGAUUGUGACGUUGAAAGUCUUUGCGCACCUUCGGAAAGCGCGGUAUCGGCUUCAGAGCAUUGGGGAGAGUCGUUGAGAUGUGUUGUUAGUCUCACGCAGGGCUCAGAUGAGACUGAAUCAUUCGCAUCUACGUCUCGCGAUUCUUCAGGAAUCACGAUGAUUUUUAACGCAGUGACACCUCUCAUGGUGGCAGAUGAAAACGCCGUACUCGAACUGAAUUUCUAUACGUGCGUCGAUUCGAUUGAUCAGACUGACGUGGAGACAAAGGCGACGCCAAACGGUCGCACGCAAAGAGCGCUUCGGGCACCUGGUGUACUCAUGACGCAUUACGACGAUGAUGAGACUAAGGGUGAUAAGCUCAGAGGACGAGCCACUAUACGUGUCUCUGAAUUGGCUGAAACGACUCGCAAACAUCAGCCUCACGAGCUCUUGAUCUCGAUCGAAAAGCCGGCGAGUGGGAAAUCACCGCGGCGCUCAGUCGGAAAGGCUACUGUGUUCGUGGACAAACUCGUUGAGACUUUCAACGACGAAAGCAUUGCCCCGAUGCCGGUUAAGGGCGAUACUUUACAGAAAGCCGCCGAGAUAUUCGCAGCUUUUGAAGGCACGCAGACGUACAACCCAAGAGGAAUAGUGCACGCGUUCGUUAACCGACUCGGAGCGUGCCCAGCAAUCGCAGGUUUGGCUGAGAUGUUCGUACUUUGUCGAAGUUGGCGAUUCGAAGUUGAAUACCUUGAGCGGCUGAGCGUCUGCACCGCGGACGUAGUCGCCGCGGUGUCCGUCGGUCGACUCACGACGAAUGAAAAACUUCAGUACACAGAGCUGCUCGAGCUCAUCUCGAGGCAGCUGGAACUAGAGUUGAGCAAUAUUCUUCCGACAGCGAGUGAGGCCGCUGAUGAGCUCGUACUCGACAUGCAAGCGACUUCAACAGUCGUACCCGCGGCCGUUACUUUGUAUGCUUUAUCGCUUGGUGAUAUCUCGAUGACGAGACUCGCUUUGCGACUGAAGCGGUGUGUGAGAGACGCAAUGCGCCGGCGAUGCGUGGAACACAUGGUGAGAGAGAACCCAACAAAAGAUUCACCAACCCUGACAGAUAUCAUGGCGAUGAUUCGCAACCUAACGAAGCGCAUGUCCAUGGAUUCGAUGCUUCUAUCACGUUUCCCAACUGAAGUCGAGGCGAUGUCAGAAGCGUCGGUAGUGGUGGCGACGUUCAUUCAGGAAGUGUUGACGGAAGUAUUUCAAGGGAUCGCGAGCAUGCAAAACCCACCUGAUUAUGACUCUGCGAUAGCAGAACUUGAAAAGUUGCUAUCAUCGCACAGAAAUGAAUUGAAGAUCCGGCGCCUCUUUGCGGCGCAAACUUUCAUCUCGUCAGGAUUUGUGGACAAGCUAUUACAACCAGCGUUUGAGGAGACGUUGGUGAGCAUCCACCGCGAACUGGUCGUUUGGGUGCAACAAGAAAUAGCCAAGGAAAAAUCUUCGUUGCAACCUCUCGACGAGGAGCGCGGGAUCAUGUACAGUGACUCCUGCGCCGAGCUCUUCUGCACUCUCGUCAACAUCAACAAGUCAGCUCAAGAGCAUAUACUUCAAGGACAGCGAGCUUCGUUUAAUGCAGGAUUGCUGAAUAGAAUAUGCCACGAGAUAUUGCAGACUUACGUGGACGCCUACGAACAAAAGUGUCUUGAAACUGUCCAGGAUGCGCGUUCGUAUUUGACACAGAAAGCCCGCGCUAAGACGCACGCUUCCACGGGUGUUGAGCACAUCGAAGCGCUGAUGCCGGCGGAGUUCUACACGCGGCUUAGCAAUAUCCAUCAAAUGGUCCUCGCAAUUGAGCCUUUUAUGGAGGAAAUACCUUUACUGUGGUGCUCGUCCAAGGUCGAGUUUCAAGAAAAGCUGCAACAACAUGUUAUCGAAACUGAAAUUGAGGAUGAUCAGACUCCACGUUUCGAGGAGUAUAACGAAGACGACGUGUUCGAAGAAGACGGUAAACCAUUCGGCACAGAUAUCACCGUGAACCGAAUUAUUCACAGGCUACGCACAGCAAGAGCAAACGUCAUCGCUUCCUUGACGGAGUUGAUUGAAGAGCGCGUCGCACCCUUUGUCAGAAUUGCUAUUCUCGACAGCGACGCAAGAACUCGCUCGACAGCCGUUCGCAUCGUGUUCACAAUGAUCAAUUCUGAGCUUCAAGUGAUGGAUACCUUACUUGCCUCGGGAGCGUUCAGACUCUCGCUUUCAUCGAUGCACAAAGCAGUAUGUGACUCGAUCGAACAGUUGGUGUUGCACAGGCCGAUUGAAGAGGGCUCGUUGGAAAGCGGUGAGCGCUGGAAAGGAUCAACGAUGCUGACUGAGUCGCAGCACUCGUUAGUCGUCGAGCUCACGUCGGACGUGCGGACGUUCUUCUAUUCCGAUGGUGCUGGAGAACCCAAGUCGAUUUUGAACGCCAGUGAAGGUCGACUGCAACGUCUGUUGAAUUUGUGGUUCACCCCCACGUUAGAGGUUGAGCGGGAAUUCUGGCAUUCGAAAGAAACUUUAUCGCGUGAGAUCUCCAUGGCGAACGGUGAAGCUGUGCGAGUACGUGACGUCGGGGGAGUUUCGAUUCAGGAUAUUUUGCGCUUCUUGCGUCAGCGCGAAAAUGAUGUCACCGCGAUGAAUCUAUUCAAUGAGCAAGCAAAGGUUACGACGACCUUGACCUUGCGUGCACUGUUUGGCUCCCGUCUGAAUAGUCUCGAUACAUUGCUUGGCGCUUGGGUGUGUCGAAAUAGGUGUGGUUUGUCUGGACGACUUUAUGUCACGUCCACGCAGUUGGCGUUCUCGACAUCUGGUGUGAGCAUCGAUCAUCCGCACGAUGGUCAAACGGCUAUGGUAAGAGAAAUUCGCCGCAUUACUAAUAUUUAUAGAAUCGAUGCUCAGGAUGGGACUUCCGGUCUUCACGUUAUAUUCGACGAUCGACGAUCAUUCACGUUCAGUCAGUUUGGAGGAGUGAUGACGCCGUUGAACGUCGAGUCUCGCGAGCGAGAUGCUUGCGUCGGACUCAUCCGCAUGAACCCAAGUUUCUUGGAACGUCAGUCCUACGCGAAGGAUGUACAACCCGCACAAACGCUAGACACGAUAUCAAUGGAUGCAAGUGCGGACGAGCUAGCCCAGGCCGCGCAAAACUUGCAAUCGCCGCACCUCCCGGAUGGAGAGUCAAUCAUCACGCACUGUGUGUGCGUACGAGUGAACGGCUUAGCCAGAGAAAUUGGGAAAUUCUUUGUGGCGACGGAAUCAUGCGUUUUCUUACCAGUCAGCGGUGCGGGUCAAGGAUUUACUUACACCAGCAUGGUUCAGUCGAAUCGAAAGCCUGAAUUGCAGAUGAUUGGUUGGAGAAACGCCGAUAUUAUCCUUCCCAUCCAUGAUUACCUCGAGGCGGAGCCUACGAUGCGCUUGACGGGUUUGACAAAAAUUGCUGCGACGAGUGUGUACAACGACCUCUGCGAUGCGCUGACGGCGUACAGAGGCCAGAACAGUACCAGUAGGCAGUUAGUGUGA